AUGGGAUGCUCCGGGAGCACGCUCGCUACAGUAGGUGCCCCAGCAGUGUCUUCAGAGCACUUCUUCUCGCGGUAUAACAUUGAGGUGGAGAAGAAGCUCGGAGAAGGUGCCUUUGGACAGGUCUGUGUCGCAGUUGACAAGUCCACACAGGAGGAGCUUGCCGUGAAGAUUGUGGACGUUUGUCACCGUGAUGAACAUGGUGCUUCUAGUGGCGCAGUCUGCAAGAACCGUGACCGGCUGAGCCGGACAGAGGUGGAUCUGUGGACGAGGGCAAGCGGCACCGACAGUGAAUACAUUGUCAAGCUUCACAAGAGCUUUGCAGCCACGCCCUUGUACUACAUGGUCUGUGAGAAGUGUCAGUGCUCCUUCAUGGACCGACUCGUGGCGGCGGGGUCCAUGACAGAAAUCGACCUGGCCAUGGUCUUUCGGCACAUGCUGCUGGCGCUCUCCCACACCCAUGGCGCCGGCAUUGUGCACAGGGACAUCAAGCCUGAUAACUUCCUGUGGGGUGGUCCAGGGAGCAGCGUCCUGAAGCUCUGUGACUACGGCGUGGCGGCCGCGAUGCCCAAGACAGGGAAGCUCAAAGGAGUCUUUGGCACCGCCCCCUACAUGGCUCCGGAGAUGCUGCAGAACGAAGGCUACGACUUUUUGGCCGAUGUCUGGUCCAUCGGCUGUGUGGCCUACUUGCUGUUCUUCGGCAACUUUCCCUACUCGCCUUCAGAAGUACUUCGAGAGAUCCGUCCUGAAUGCGUUCAAGCACCUCAAGCUCGCCCGACCUUCAGGGAUAUCCUUGGUCUGGCGAGCACGCCUCAUCGCCUCCGCGCCAGCGCACCGGCCGUGAAGAAGGCCAUCAUCGAGGACAAGCCGCCCCUCUCUUUUCCCGCCGGUGACUGCGUCGCUGGUUCUGGGGCGGUGGACUUCACGCGCUGGCUGCUGCGGCGCUCCGCCGUGGAGCGGCCGACGGCAGCGGAGGCCUUGCGCCACGACUUUGUCGCUUCGUCUUCGUCGUGUUCAUUGUAA